CCGAGUCACGUGACGUUAAUAGUGGGAGUUGUCGCGUGAGUGCCCAGGCAGCGCACAUUUCACGUUCUUCUUUCGGGGACACUACGAGUUGAGGCCACUACACGGAGCAUUCGAUGGCUUCUUGGUUUCCUAAAGUUGGCACGUUGCUGCCUCUCGCAGCACUCAUGUUCUACCGGCUGGGACGAUACGAGAACAUACACACCCUAGAACUUCAAAAGGUGUACGACUACAUCAUCGUGGGUGCGGGAUCUGCUGGCUGUGUGCUCGCCAAUAGGCUCAGCGCCAAUCCCUUCGUGACCGUGCUUCUACUGGAGGCUGGUGGCUGGGAAGGCGAGCUUGCCGACAUUCCCCUGAUAGCGGCGACGGUGCAAGGAACUGCUCUCGACUGGAAGUACACGACACGCCCACAGGAGGCCGCUUGCUUCGGUCUUCACGAAAGACGCAGCAAGUGGCCAAGAGGGAAAGUGCUGGGUGGUUCGAGUGUCCUCAACUACAUGCUCUACGUGCGAGGCAGUCCACUUGACUAUGAUUACUGGCGCACCAUCAUGGCUGCUGAUGGUUGGGGUUGGCAAGAUGUGCGGCCCUACUUCUUGCGCUCGGAGCGCAACCAAGACCCAGACAUCGCCUCUAACGGUCAUCACGGGACUGCUGGGCUCCUUUCGGUGAUGCGGGCGCCAUACCACACUCCUGUUGCUGCUGCGUUUGUGGAGGCUGGCCGGCAGAUGGGCUAUCCUGCAGGGGUAGACAUCAACGGAGAGGAACUUGCAGGCUUCAUGAUUCCACAGGGCACCAUCCAGAAUGGUCGUCGCCAGAGCACACGCCGUGCCUUCUUGGAUCCUGUUUUGUACCGUGAAAAUCUCCACAUUGGAGUCUUCUGUCACGUCACAAAGAUACAUGUAAAUGAAGGCAUGGCUCAAGGCGUCACCUUCGAUCGCUUCUCGGUUCCACACCUGGCCCUGGCCCGACGAGAGGUGAUCCUUUCAGCUGGUGCCAUUGGUUCCCCACAGCUUCUGAUGCUCUCGGGCAUCGGACCAGCUAAACAUCUCUCCGACGUUGGGGUGCCCUUGGUUCUGGAUCUGCCCGGUGUGGGUGCCAACCUGCAGGACCACAUCUUCCCAGGCGGGCUCAACUUUCUUCUGGACAAGCCUGUGUCCGUUCUGCAGUCACGCACUUUCACUGUGCGGGAAAUCUUGCAGUACAUAUACUCUCGUUCGGGGCCGUUGACACUGCUAGGUGGCGUGGAGGGGUUAGGCUUCGUGAGCACACGCUAUGCCAGUAUGGAAUGGCCGGACAUAGAGAUCCACAUGGCAUCUGGGUCUCCCGUGUCGGACGAUGGUGAAACAUUCCGCUCCGCUCAUGGAUUGAGCAAUGAAACGUGGGAGACGACGUUCCUCCCCUACCUUGGCCGCGAAUCCAUGUCGAUGUAUCCAGUGCUGCUGCGACCGCGAUCACGGGGUCAACUGCGCCUAGUCUCUCGAAACCCGUAUGAUGCACCGGACAUCGAUCCUCGCUACCUGACACAUCCGCAGGACAUCAGUACCCUUGUUGAUGCCAUGAAGUUGUGCCUCCGGCUAGCCACAAUGCCCGCACUUCAAGCGCUAGGAGCACGUGUGUGGGAAAAGCCACUGCCUGGAUGCGAGCUGUAUCCGUUCCUAACAGAUGAGUACCUGGCCUGUGUGGCUCGCUCGUACACCAGUACAUUGUACCAUCCAGUCGGUACCUGUCGCAUGGGUGCUGUCAAUGACUCACGCACUGUGGUGGACCCAAAGCUCAGGGUCAAAGGAAUAGACCAUCUGCGGGUUGUGGAUGCUUCCAUCAUGCCCAGCGUCGUGUCCGGAAACACGAAUGCGCCCGUCAUCAUGAUUGCCGAGAAGGCUGCCGACAUAAUCCAAGAGCACUGGAAGAACAGCACCAUCUUCAUGAAGGCGCGAAAUGCCGCAAAUGUUACUAUGUCCCAGCAAUAAUGUACUGCGCAAUAACGUAAAAUGACUUGAAAGGCACCCCUUGAAGUGCUCUUUCUAGAAUACUAACACCACCCGCCACUUCCUCAUCAUACUAAUAGUUUAUGACCAUUGUUAUUUUACCGAACAAUAAAAACGAUGCACCUUUUUAGUAUUUUUCACGCUCCUCGAGAACUGGCGUCACUGGUUAACGUGCGCCACCCUCACUCGCCUGUUUGACCAUUCUCACUAGAAAACAGUUGCUUCAUUUUAGUGUCUGCCAGGCGAGGCAUUGAGUUUCAAGUUAUGCCAAUAAAGUUUAUUCCAUUCAACACU